CAAUUGUUGAAGAAAUCUAGAAAGGAAAGAGACCAACAUUAACAAGAAGAGCAGCGCCUAAUGCCAACGGCCUUAACUCCUGUCUUGGAUUCUUAUACAAAUGCCAUGUCUUUGACGGGGCGUUGUUUUUCACGAGGUCUAAAAAUCAAAAUUAGCUCUAAAUCAGUUUACUUCUAUUUGGCAUCUUCUGCUCUGUUCCUGAGUUUUCGAUAUGGGAUUGAUGGGUAGUGGUUGUAGUACCACAUUCUGAAGGAGAGAGAGAGAGAGAGAGAGAGAGAGAGCUCUGCUUUUAUAAUUUGUACUCCCUCUCUGGCCUUUUUCUUUCUUUAGUGUUCUGGGUUCUUUCUCUUAAACUCCUGGAAGCGCAGCAAUGGCUGAAUAUAUAUGUUUGUUCAACAAGGAUACAAUAAUCAUAAAGCCUCCUAAGAAAUCUCCCAUUUUGUUAAGGAUGGUAGUUCUAGUAUUUGCUAUGGUCUGUGGUGUUUUUAUCUGCUCAAUCUGUUUAAAGCAGAUAAGCACCCGUAGUAAAAUUAAAAUUGAAGAUAUUCAAGUCAUUGAAAGGCCAUUUUCUGAUAUCCAACCCAAAAAAAUGCAAAUUCCUAUUGUGCAUUUGCCACAUCCUGAAACUUUUAGCAGGGCUGAAUGUGUGCAUAAUCCUGUUAGAUACUUUGCAAUACUAUCAAUGCAAAGAUCAGGGAGUGGAUGGUUUGAGACCUUGUUAAAUAGUCAUGUCAAUAUAAGCUCAAAUGGAGAAAUAUUUUCUGUUUUGGAUAGGAGGAGGAAUGCUUCAUCAAUUAUAAAGACUCUAGACAAACUUUACAAUUUGGAUUGGUUCACUAGUGCUUCUAAGAAUGAAUGUUCAGCAGCGGUUGGCUUCAAGUGGAUGCUUAAUCAGGGAUUGAUGGAGCACCAUAAAGAUAUUGUAGAAUACUUCAAUGCUAGGGGUGUAUCUGCAAUAUUUUUGUUCCGAAGAAACCUGCUGCGUCGGAUGGUUUCAGUUCUUUCUAAUUCCUAUGAUCGACAUGCUAAGUUAUUGAAUGGAACACACAAGUCUCAUGUUCAUUCAGCAGAAGAGGCUGAAACCCUUUCAAAAUACAAGCCUACAAUAAAUUCCAAAUUGUUAAUAGCUGAUCUAAAGGAGAUGGAGAUAAUGGCUGCCAGGGCUUUAGAAUACUUCAACAGCACCCGCCAUAUUGUUUUGUACUACGAGGAUCUCAUAAAAAACCGCACGAAACUCAAGGAUGCUCAAGAAUUUCUGGGGCUUCCAUUUAUCGAGUUAACAAGCCGUCAGGUAAAAAUACAUAAGGGUCUGUUGUCAGAUCAUAUCGAGAACUGGGAUGACGUCAACAAGACACUAACCGGCACAGAGUAUGAGAAUUUCCUCCAAGCUGACUAUUAAAACUAUCAAAGUCUGCUAACAUGCGUUCUGUGAAUACUGCUUCAACUAAUUUCUCACAGAGGGUGCUAAUGGAGCAGUGCUAGAAGUCAUAAGCUGGUAACUUUAAGGGUUCUGGUUCAGGUCCUUAAUGAUUAGUAACUUAAAGCAGAAAACCCCAAGGAUAGGAUUCCCUCCAAAUGCUUCCGUAACAGCCAAGCUGACAAGAUCGUGUUUUUUCAAAUAAAAUUUUGACUAUGUAGUGCUAAUGCCCAUGCCUUUCUUUGCUCAACUCUCGGCUAAGCUGAAUUUUUUUGUUUUUUUUUUUAUCAUCUUGUUGAUCAUAUGGAUACAGUGUAUAUGUCAGCUAAUUAAUUUCAAGAAAAUAUGAGAAAUUAUUUCAGCA